CAGUAUAUAUAUAUUUCUCGUAUUCAGCUUACUUUCUCUCUCCCGCUUUUUUUCAUUUUCCUUCUUCCCAAACAGUAGAUCUAAAAAAAAACCCUUCCAUUAUCUUUACCUUCCCUCCCUAUCUUUCCUUCAAACAAACCCCAAGAAAAUCCAAACCAUUUUCCUUUUUAAUUUAGUAAUUCCUUCAAAGAAACCCAAGAAAAUCCAAAUCUUUUUUUUUCUUUUAAAUUUUAAAUUUAAUUGUAAGUUUUAUGUGAUGUCGGAUUCUCAAACUCCGGAGCAGUUAAAACAACCCAUGCAGCAACAGCAGCAGCAAAAUCGGCAGCCACUAAAACGUCAGCUACCUUUCUCUACGAAGCCGCCGUUUAUGGCUUCUGGAGGCGACUAUCACCGCUUUGCUUCAACUGAGCCUCGCCGCGUCGCCGAUCAUGAAGCUGAAGCCAUCGUCGUUAAGUCUCCCUUAAAGAGGAAGAGUGACGUAGCAGAUCGAGAAGUUGAAUCUAGUGAGUGGGCGCUGCCUCCAGGAUGUACUGAAUUGGUUAGCAGUCCCCUCCAGACACCUGUAUCAGGAAAAGGAGGAAAGGCUCAGAAAACAUCAAGGCUAACGAAAAACAGUAAAUCUGGUCCUCAAACUCCUGCUUCAAAUCUCGGUUCCCCUGGCAAUAAUCUCACCCCCGCAGGUCCAUGUCGCUAUGAUAGCUCCUUAGGGCUUUUGACAAAGAAGUUCAUCAAUUUGAUUAAACAAGCUGAAGAUGGUAUUCUUGAUCUAAAUAAGGCUGCUGAUACUCUGGAGGUGCAAAAGAGGAGGAUAUAUGACAUAACCAAUGUUCUUGAAGGAAUUGGUCUCAUUGAAAAGAAACUCAAGAACAGAAUUCAGUGGAAGGGGCUUGAUGUCUCAAGGCCAGGGGAGGUCGACGAUAAUGUUGCUACUUUACAGGCAGAGGUUGAGAAUCUUUCUAUUGAGGAGCGCAGAUUAGAUGAAAAAAUAAGAGAAAUGCAAGAAAGAUUGAGGGACCUCAGUGAAGAUGAAAACAAUCAAAAGUGGCUUUUUGUGACUGAGGACGAUAUCAAGAGCUUACCCUGUUUCCAGAAUGAAACACUGAUAGCUAUAAAAGCUCCACAUGGAACCACUUUGGAAGUCCCAGAUCCCGAUGAGGCUGUUGACUACUCACAAAGGAGAUAUAGGAUUGUCCUCAGAAGUUCAAUGGGUCCUAUAGAUGUCUACCUUGUCAGUCAAUUUGAGGAGAAAUUUGAAGAGAUACAAGGUGGAGAUCCGCCUCCAAAUUUUCCAUCAACUUCAGGCUUGAAUGAGAACUCAGCAACGGCGAUGGUAACAGAAGAGAGCAGAGGGAAGGAGAUUGAAAUGCAGGGCCAUGAUGCUAAUAGAAUGUGCUCAGAUCUUAGUGCUUCACAGGACUUUGUGAGUGGGAUCAUGAAGAUAGUUCCCUCAGAGGUUGAUAGUGAUGCUGAUUAUUGGCUUUUAUCGGAUCCUGGUGUUAGCAUCACUGAUAUGUGGCGGACUGAACCUGGGGUUGAUUGGAAUGAGUUUGAUACACUUCAUGAGGACUUUGGCAUGGCUACUGUUAGCGCGCCAGGUCCCCAAACGCCUCCUCCAUCAAAUGCAACUGAAGUGCCUUCUAAUUCCACCGGAAGGCUGCCUUAAAGGUUGGCUACCAGAUGUUUCCUCGGAAGUUCUGAGGAACUAAAGAAUAGGAAGUUGGUAGCUCAAUCAAUGUACAGUAAGUAAUACCAAUGAUCCAAAGUGAUCUUGUAGCAUAUAAGGUCAUAUUUUCAUCCGAGUUAAUCGCUGUAUAUUACCAUCUCAUUUGCUUUCAUUGCAUCAACUAGAACGUGUUAUUAGAUUGACUGGCAUAGGGUCAUAUAGACAUCAUGUGAUGGCAAACAAAUGAUCUGAUGUACCUUGUUUUUUACUGUAUUGAGAAAUUCUUUUUGAUGAAAUAAAGAUGCUUGUGACUUGCAUGCCAUGUUCAGUGUACGGCAUGGCAGUUUUCAGAA